GCUAUUUACACCUUGAAGGGUUCCUCAGGAAAUUCCGCUUUGGGAUAUUUCGAAGUCAGACCUACCAUUCUAUUUCGAGUCAAGUUAUUUUAAGAAAGAAACAUCCAUGAUACAGAUGCCAAUAAUAUCAUCUCAUGAGACAUCUAGCAUCUCACAAUGUUUUGCAUUGUAACAUCCACUUGCAACAGAUCCAAAUGCCUGGGUCCCCAUCUGUAACAGACAUGAGAAACACGUGAUGUGGCUCUACCCCGGAGCUUUCGGCGCCGGCUCGCCUGAGUCUCCACUAUCGCCUGGUUCCCGCCGCUGUGUCUGUCGCAUGACGACCGAGCUAGACCAAGGUUAGAUCCAGAAAACGACUCCGUUCACGACGCUUCACACCGCGACUAUCAUCCAACUCCAAACGACACUCUACAAUUCUUCCGCUGCAAACACUUACAUCAUGGUGGUAUGUACCCUCUCUCUCCUCUGCCCCUAUUCCCCCUGGAGCUCUGCCCGUGAGGCCUGGCAAGUCUAAAGACUCCUCUCACAGCUCCUCAACCUGCUGACUCUGGGACUCUGGUCAAAGGUUGGACGGUUGACACACUAUGCCUUUGACGCCGUUCUCUUCUCGGCUUUCCUCGCCGGCAUGAAGCGAUCUACCGGCCUGACUUUCAAGACUGACAAGGUCGCGGGCGAGAACAAGGAAUUCACCGGCUGGAUCGAUAGAUACCUCGGUGUCGGAGAAUGGGUCAUGGAUCAAUCCGUCGCGAUCGCAGGCUCCAGCGGCUACUUUGAGCGAACCCGAUGAGCGAAUGGGACGACACCUUUUUAAGCUAUCGAUACCAUGGACUUCCCACUCAGUUUUACAGCUGCAAAUGACUUCAAAAACGACUUAACGAUCGCGCGGAGGAAAUGGCCAAAGCUACCUGAUACGCGUUCGACGCGCUGGGUUUUCAGAUAGGCGUUCGGAUAUAUGACUAACUAUGCAUGUGAAUUGGAUCAAUGAUACUGAUAUUCAACUAAAGCCAUGAGCUUCUAUCCUGCUGUCGUGAAUUCCUCUAGGAAUAACCAACAACCUGAACCGGGUUAUCUAAAUCUGCCCAUCCCUUCUUGUCAUUAUUCAUAAGCCUAAUCAACGUCCCAAACUCUUCAUCCUAGUCGAUCUUGGUUUGUUCUUUGUGUUCUGCCAGAAACUCGGCUGGGACCUCGUUCUCAGAGCUGACCCGUCUCAACACUACGCUCUGUUGUUGAGGGCUGUCCGGAGGAUCACGAUCGUGGUCCUCAAAAUGAGAUACCAACAAGUCAGCGGGAACUUCGUUAUCGC